AGAAAAGAACAGACUUUAUUUGCACAAGUACAAGAAAGUACAGGAGUUCUAGGAGUGUGAGGUUCCCCGAGUCAACAUUUUUUAUAUAAAACAAAACAAAAAUAAAGGUAAAAGGUUAAAAGUUAAACAUUUAAACAGCAGCAGAAAAGAAGAAAUAAAUACUAAAUGCACCAUAUUAUUACUUAAAAUAUAAGAACUUGUGAACAUGUGAAAGUAUAAAAUAAAAUAUAUAAAAUAUAAUCCUCUGUAUGUACAUAAAUGCAUGACAGAAACUGAUGAAGAAACUUAACACAAACUCGAGCACCACCUUUACAUAAAACUUAGGUGUUUGAUGCAAUUAUUUCAUUUAUUCUUACAGAAGUAUAUAUCAUCAUUUUCAGGCUUGGGAUGGACGAAAUAUUCAAAUAUUUUCUCAAGCAGACAUGGUAAUGCCACUGUGCACAAACACACUUUUAGGAAUAUUUUUUAGGAGCUCUGUACAUGGGCUGUGUCUGAGUAAAUGUUAUUUGCAAGUUUUAGUACACUCAAGAAUAAUACUACUUAGCCACUGAUUCUGACUUUUGUGAUAGAAAUGUCAGGGUCUUGGCUUUAAAAAGAGACCAAACCACCAUGCAUGAACUCUAAAAUGUUCAGAACAACACUCAAUUUACUUUGGGUAUGUCCUUAAUUUUUUGCAAAAAGGCUGGAAUGAAAAGAGGUUAAAAGGGAUUUUGAAAUAUAUUCAUAUAUGCCUGGAGUAACAGAAGUAAAAAUUAUUCACAGUUGUAACAGUGGCCGCUCUUGUCAUAACGGUGACACUACUGGACGGUUAAAUUAACAGCGAGCUAAAUAGACAGUGUUAAAUUUAUCCAGGUAGCAAUAACACGAGUAACCACUAGAUGUCAGCAUUACAUUUAAAGGCAAAAACAGACAUUGUCAUGCUACAGCUGUUUAGCGUGGAGCUAAUCAUAUCUUCAUAUAUUUGACCUGCUACUAAAUGGUAUCUGAUAAAAGUAGAAGAGCAAGUGUUUGCGUGAUGUCUUGUUCCGCACAACACACACCAUGCUGAUGUUUAGAGUUUUGCAAAGGACCAUGCAAGUUGGGACUCUCACAGUUUCUCACAACACGGGUAAUUGCAUUACAAUCCGACAAGAGGUUUGUGUUCCAUCUUUGAAAAUGGGAGAAAACUGAUGCUUGCACAAGGCGGUCAAGCACAACUGACACGGAUGAUUAAUGCUCCUCAAAGCAGUCCGUGCGUACGGGCUUAUUUAGAGAAACAUCUCAUGCUUAGCGAGGUGUGGUUCAACACUGAAGGCAGUGAGGAUUAUCUACCACCAAGGGGCAGUAUUGUCUCAUUUCAAUUUAUUUUCUACUACCCCCCCUUAUCCUCACUAGGGCCUCAGGGAUUACUGGGCUAGAGGCUACAUCCUGGAGAGAUCGCCAGUUUUUUUUUUUUUUGGUUUGUUUUUGUUUGUUUUAAAAGACUGUUUUGGGUAGGGUGUCAGUGUAACGCCUUUACUGCUAUGCACGAUGAAAAGUCAUGUAUAAACAUUACACCCUUCUGUCGUCCUACGUAUUCUACUCUGGAGCACUGAAAGAAAAACAACUAUAAAAGCAUAUAAAAGAAACAGCAGUGUUGCAGCCAAAAAGAAAGAAAGAAAGAAAGAAAGAAAGAAAGAAAGAAAGAAAGAAAGAAAGAAAGAAAGAAAGAAAGAAAGAAAGAAAAAAAAUUAGAGUAGAUUCCAUUUGAUGGAUGAUAAUAGAGUGCCAAAAGUAUUUCACUAUCAGGGGCGUGUUGAAGUAGUCUAUCUAAAAUUACAGAGUGAGUUUGUAUGCAUUGCAUGUUUGUUUUGCAAUCUUUUUCUGUCAUUAGCCAGUACCCAGAAAAAACAUUCUUCAUAGUUACACAGUGUUUUUUGGCCCAUGUGUAUUAAUAUCCAGAUUCCACGUAGUCUUGCAUUAGUUUUGUCAGUAAUGAUGGAUGACCUCACAACCGGCUUGUGACAAUGCUGCUAUUGUUAAAUGCCGCCUCGGAGUCGUUUGAUGUGGGGUGACACGAUUGCCUUUCUUAAAUUCCAAUGUAACCUUGAAAAUGAAAAUGUUUUAAUUUUCACACAAGUGUCAGGUUAACAGCCGCAAGUAUCAGAUACAGGCUUCCUGAAAGCUGUUCACAAGCAGAUUUUUUUUUUUUUUUUUUUCUUUUUUCAAAGAUGAUAAUGAAAACUAAGAGAGAUAAGAUGCAAUCAAAGGCCUCUCACACUGCGGAUGGGGGUAUAAGUUUAACGGUACAAUGACAGACAAUAAAACGGAGUCCACAAAUGCCAAAGGAAAGUCUCACAACCUCUUUUGCAAGCAAACAAACAAAAAAAAAAAAAAAAAAGCAUUCACAUGGCCACAGACCACCAGUGGCAUUUGAGUAUUCACUUCCUGUGUGGAAACUAGUUCCGCUGUGUGUAUGUGUGGGGGGGGGAUCUGGCCAGGUUUAAUCUCACUUGAAAUGAGUUUCAAAGUUAAAGCCGCUGCAUAUGUUACAUAUAUGCAACAUUUUCUUGUGUAGUUUCUGUUGCCCUCUCCAUCACUACAAGUGCAGUUCAGAAUUAAGGAACUCAGAACAGAAGUGGUGCUACAGACUAACGGAUGGGAUGGAGCAUUUUUCUAGAUAUUUGAGCAUCAACUGGACUUUGACUCUGAUUCUGUGCUGCAUCUUCCAGCUUCUCUUACCGGCAGAAGGGAACAUAUCAGAGGUGGCUGGCAGCACGGUGACCUUAACCUGUAACAACAACUCAAUCGGCGGACUCAGUCUACUGAAAUGGACAAUGAAUGGAGUUCACCUGUUCAGUUUCACACCACAGGAAAAGCUUUUUGCCACCGAGGAAGCUGUCCGCCUGAACAUGAACAUGUCUCAGUUAGAGAGCGAACUGUACGCACUCAUCAUAGAGAAGGCCCAGGUGGAUCACAGGGGAAACUACACUUGUGAGACGAUCACAAACACCGGAGUCUGGCAACAGAGCUGGCAGCUCAUAAUUACAGAUGAACCUGGAAAGUUUCCUGUCCUAAUGAUUGCUGUGGCGGUUGGUGUUCCUUGCGUGUGUUUCCUGAUCUUUGUAUUAGUUUUCAUCCUUCUCAGAAGACUCUGUCUACAAAGAAAUAAUUAUCCUCCUGCUGUAAUUAUGUCCGUCCGACAGCCGGCACAAAGAGAAGAUAUUUAUGAAAACUGCCUUGAAAGUGAGGCGAGGCGGGCUUACCUUCAGAAAACCAGGGUCCGCUAACAUGCCGCAUUGCAUUAUGUCUCAUAAUUUACAAUACUACAUUUUUCUAACUGCUUUUUUCAAAUAAUAUACUGUAUGUAAUGACAGCCACAAAGUAGGUUCUUUUCUUCCUGUGGUGGUGUACUCAGCUCAGCUUUUUUUGACUGCUGGACAACCUUCUGUCCCUGCCAUUUUAUUUUCUCAGUACUUACUCAUGUCAUCAUGUCAUCUCAGGACACUUAACAUGGUUAGAUAAGGCUUUCCAGUACGUCAUGGGAAUGUCCUACAUCCCAUGCUUUCCCAGGCCUAUCAUAUUUCAUAUGACAGGCCUGGUUUGUAGAGCCCUCUGCUCUGAGGAGAGAUCAGUUUGACCAUGGUGUGCCCCAAGAUUGUUGCCACAAAGACAUCUUCCUUCCUGUUUCUUUGUGGGAAGACAUGUCACACAUGAAAGUCAACAUAGUUUCAAGGUCACAUAUGCAUCGACAGUAGGCGGCAAUAGUGGACAAAGUUGAAAGGUUUCUCAGAUAAGAGAGACUGGUGAACGUCUGCAACUUCAAGAAAUAACAGGAAGUGAGUUUCUCGCCUUUUUUUUUUUUUUUUUUUUUUUUUUUACUUUUGCUGAAUUCAUUCAUUUAAGUACCACUCUGAACUAAACCUGUUAGUGCAGCUUUACACUCUUGUGGAAAAAUUUGUAGACAGAGAGCAACAGUGAUAAAAAUAGUUUAGAGAAUGAAAACUUAAGACUGGAAGCAGCAUUUAAAAAAAAAAAAAACACUGAGCGGGCAUUCAUUAUAUAUAUGUACGGUAUACGUAUGUGUGAACUGUGGUAAAUGCUGAAGUCCUAAUAUAAUCUAACCAGGAAAACCACAUUUAGAGUGCAAAUAUCUGACGACUUUUAUCUUCAACUUUAUACUUCUUUGGAAAGUGAACACAUAAACCAUGAUGCCCACAUGAAAUCACAUUUAAUAUCAAUAGUUUUUACGCAAUAUAUGUUGCAAAAAAACAUUCGAUAUGAAAUGUGCAUGUGACUGUUUUAUAGGUUUUAGAAGUGGUCUUUUGGGAGUUUGUCAGUUCCUGAGCUAUUUAAAAGCUAUGAGUAAGAAUGCCCCUCCUGCUCCGUCUCUUCUUUAUGCAGCUCUGUUUUGCCUCUCAGCUUGAUCAUGUAUGGGUGGUGCCUGACUAUUUAAACACAUAAAUCAGAGCACACUGGGGUGGUUUGGAUGGGAUCAUCCUCUUUAGCUCUAACAAUUUUGUGAGGACUUUAACGUUAGAAUUAUUAAGACAGUAUCAGCCCGUCUUCAUAGAAGGCUCCACUUAGUGUAGUGAUAUAAAUGUAAUGACCUGAUGUGAAGAUACUAGAGAGGCUGGCCUUUGCUCAUCUGCGCCCUCUGGUGACCUCACUGCUGGACCCAUUUCAGUUCUCCACCAACCCAGCGUUGGAGUGGAUGACGCCAUCAUCUGCCUCCUGCAUAGAGCUUUCUGUGAUCUGGAUCUGGAGAAGGCUGGGAACACUGUGAGAAUCAUGUUGUUGUUUUUUUAUUUCUCAAGUACUUUCAACACCCUACAGCCUGUUCUGCUGAGUGACAAGCUGGUGCACACUAGAGUGAAAUACCACCUCAUAUCAUGGACACUAGUGUACGUGAUCACAACAGACCACACUGUGUGAGGACACAGGACUGUUGUCUGCAGCAAUGGAGCUUUACAAAGAACUGUCCUGGCUCCCAUCCCUUUCUGCCUCUACAUCAUAGACUUCAGACAUCAAGCAGCAAUCUUCAGAAAGUCUCAGACUUGACUCUGAAAUCUCCUAAUUACAGGAGAUAGGAAAGACUGUUUACAUGUCCUUCAUUCCCUUGUUUUGAAAACUUGUCUAACAGACCUACAUCUACCGCAAAUGUAUGAUUUCUGUUGUAUUUCAUUGUCUAUAUUUUUUUACUGUCUUACAUGUACUGUCUUGAAAUUGUCUACUGCUGCAGUACUGCAAAUGUUCCCCCUGUGGGAUAUGUAAAGGAUAGUCUAAUCUAAUAAAUACAAUUAUGGGAGCACGUUAUGAAUGAAGUGAACAUACAGUAGUGUACUGUAGUGUCUCUAUCACUCUACUGAGCCUAAAAGACUGAAAAUUUACUUGCCGUGGUGAGUGACUAAAAGGAAUUUAUGUGCAGAACAAACACUGGAAAUACUUGCAUGCACCGAGUGUGUCGUUUUUCGACUUUAAUCGUAAGGAAAGAUACACAAAUAAACAUGGAGAGAUAAAGCAAUACAUAAUAAAGAAAGAGCCACACACAUAACAUACUGUAAACAAUAUAAAAAUCAACAGAUUGUUAAUGAAUUAAUGCUUUAAGAUAGGGCUGGACGAUAUGGCCUAAAAUUAAUAUCACAAUAUAUUGAGCAGUUCACCUCAAUAACGAUAAAUGGACCAUAACUACCCCCACCCCUUGCGCAAAAUGAAAAAAAAAAAAAAUGAAAAAAAAAAAUAAUAAUUCUUCGAAUUCAACCACAUGAUCGUGUUGCAGGUGUUGGAAAAGGUUAGAUGUAUUGUACUGGCGAGUGACAAGUAGUGCUUUUGCACAACUUACAUUUUACGUUUUUCUGAGCAGUAUCCUCCUUGUUAAAACCAAAAUACUGCCACACGAUUGAAAACGCAUUUCUCUUUGGAACAAGCUGCUGCUUUCCCUCCUCCUCAACAAAGUCUACCUCCACCGCCUGUGCUGCACCUGCCGCUUCGACGUUUAAAUGCUCCUCCAUUUCGUCACCGACCCCUCCCCUUCUUGUUACAGAUGGAAGGGGUGGUCACAUCUACCAACGCUAUACUACGUGUGCAGCGUCUUAAAGAGACAUGAACACAGCCUACCUACACACAGCCAAAAGAUAAAAAACACUUUUUUCUUUUUUUCUUUCUUUUUUUUAAAUACCGAAUAUAGCGACAUGGGCAAAAUGAAUUCGGUUAUCGUAAAUUUCGGUAUCGGUAAAUUUUCUAUUUAUCGCCCAGGCCUACUUUAAGAUUAAAAUAAGAAAUAAUAAAAAAAA